CCCAUGGCGCCACCCCCAGCCCCGCUCCCGGCGCUGACAGCUGGGGAGACCCGGCCUCGCUGCCAGAAGCCCGGGUCCGUGAGCUUCGCGGACGUGGCCGUGUACUUCUCCCCGGAGGAGUGGGGGUGCCUGCGGCCCGCGCAGAGGGCCCUGUACCGGGACGUGAUGCGGGAGACCUACGGCCACCUGGGCGCCCUCGGACUCCCAGGCCCCAAACCAGACCUCAUCUCUUGGAUGGAACAGGAGAGUGAGGCUUGGAACCCGGCCGCCCAGGAUCCUGAGGAGGGGGAAUGCGUGGGAGGAGCUCUGAGAGGAAACACCCCAAAUAAGAAGGAAGAGGAACCCAAGGCAGUACCAGGAUCCAAGGGACCUAGAAAGACUCCUGAGGACAGGCCUGAGGAGCUAAUUAAACACAACUCUGACUCGGCUACCAGCAAGGCCUCGGAAAGGGCACAGCCAUCAACAAAAACUGCCUGGGACCAGAGCACAGGUGCGCAGCCCCCAGCCCCGGUGCCCAGCGUGAGCUCUCAGGCCAGCCAGCGGCGCCACGUAUGUGCAGACUGUGGUCGCCGCUUCACCUACCCGUCGCUGCUGGUCAGCCAUCGGCGCAUGCACUCCGGGGAGCGGCCCUUCCCCUGCCCCGAGUGUGGCAUGCGCUUCAAGAGGAAGUUUGCGGUGGAAGCGCACCAGUGGAUCCAUCGCUCCUGCUCUGGGGGCCGGCGAGGCCGGAGGCCUGGGAUCCGGGCUGUGCCUCGGGCCCCGGUUCGAGGUGACCGGGACCCGCCGGUGCUGUUCCGGCACUACCCAGACAUCUUUGAGGAGUGCGGGUGAGUGACUCCCACUUGUGGGGUUGAGCCUGACCUCGGCAGUAAGGACCGACUGACGGGCUCUGAGGGAGGCUCCUCAAUCAGGGACAUGGGAACCCAAAUUCAUCCCUUGGGCUUCCCUCAAGGAUCCCUCAAUUUUUCAAACAUGUAAAAAGGAAAGUGCCUGUAAAGAUUCAACUAGAUUAAACUUAACACCUCUUUCCCCAAUUUUUCUAUAAAAUGAAGAGAGUGAGAUGCUAGACUUUUCUCAGUGUUAUUUCAGUAGCAGGUGCAACCACGAUCUUUCCACUGUCUCAAAAAACACCCCUUGCUGCUUAUCUACAUGAGAGGUAAAUACUGAGGAGGGCCCAGGCCUGGGGAAGGGGCCCAGAUGGAGGGUGUGUUCAAGCCCUGGCUAGCUGACACCAGCAGGGAGCCCAGGAAGUGGAGUGGGUGGAAAGAGCACAGAAACCCAGAGCAGAGCUAGUCUCUGCCCGAGGCACAGCUGGUAAGUCUGGCCCUCCCCAGUCUCACUCCCUCAUCUGUAAAAUGAGGAUUACUCAUAUCUACCUCAAAGGAAAGGGUUACUGUGAAGACUGAAAAUUUAACAAGAUAGUACAUAUGAUUAGUAAAUGUGCAACGUGUUGAAAGAGGAAAUUAUCGACAUUUUACGCUUCAGAAAGGCUAAGGAGGCAGGGCAUGGAUAGUAAUAGUCAUGUUUUGCAGAUGAGCAAACUGAGGCUGAGAGAGGUGAAGUGAUUUUUUUCAACAUUUCAUUGCUUUAAGGCAGCAAAGCUGGAAACUGACACAGAGCCCAGAUAUUUCUACCACUUUCUCUGAACAGUCAUAUCUGGGUAGACCCAAGUCAGGGUCUCAGGUGAGAGUGAGGUGAGGGAUUAUAUCUGGGCAGGAAGCCAGGAGGACAGCAAACAGCAACUACAAGACAGGUUUCUUGACCCUGACUAUGUUAGAGUGUCAUCGGGAUAUGCCAAGGUUGGAGGUUUGAUCCCCGGCCAAACCACAUACAGGAAUCAACCAAUGAGUAUAUGGAUAGGUGGA